UGGAGCCCUAGUUUAACCCCCUUUCUCCCUCACCAAACAUACUCCGAAAUCCUCCCCACUUCUCCUCUCCCAUGGAUAGCUUCCCCUCCUCCUACCCCUCUUAUCCCGACUCCGGCAACUCCUCCCCUCACUCCCGGGAAAUCGACUGUGAGAACCAGUCAUGGGACGAGCCGCCAUCUAACAACGCCAAUUACAAGGUCAAGUUCAUGUGUAGCUAUGGCGGCAAAAUCCACCCUCGUCCGCAUGAUAAUCAGCUCGCUUAUAUUGGGGGUGACACCAAGAUCCUGUCCGUUGAUCGGAAUAUCAAGCUUUCUGCCAUCAUGGCGAAGCUGUUGGCUCUGUACGGUGGAGAGGAUGACGUUUGCUUAAAGUACCAGCUACCUGGUGAGGAUCUCGACGCCUUGAUUUCGGUCACCAACGAUGAGGAUCUCGAGCACAUGAUGUUGGAGUACGACCGGCUCUACCGUGCAUCGGCUAAGCCGGCGAGGUUGAGGUUGUUUUUGUUUCCGUUGAAACCGCUUAUGGCGGCGGGGUUCGGAGGAGGCGAAGCUAAAUCGGAGCGGCAGUGGUUUGUUGACGCGCUGAAUUCGGUGCAGAUUCAGAAUCUGGAAGGUUCAUCGCCUCCCGCUGCCGUUGCGUCAGCGACAAAUCCGGAUUUUCUGUUUGGGUUUGAUAAGGUGAAAUUGCCUGAUUCGGUGCCGCCCCCGGCGCCGACGAUUCCGGAAGUGGUUGCCAAAGACGUGACGGCGGGAUCAGAUUGCGGAUCCGAUGACCGGCAUGCAAUUGGAGAAUCGGUAGUGUCCUCAGAUGAGAUUCAUAGGCAGAUCCAGGAGUUGCAAAGGCUGCAGAUUGCUGCUAACCAAGAGCAGGGCGUUUUGCACAGACAAAAUGACGAAUCAACCACCAGGGCAUAUAACGCUCAAGACUUUUACAAAAUUCCAGAGAAAGUUGCUCCGGCGCUGGCUCCCGGUUCCGUUCCGAUGCAAAUGCAGUUUCCAACGGCGUAUUAUCCUGAAAGACACAUUGCAACUGCCGGUUAUCAGGUGGCACCUGGAACUGACCAGCCUGUCUUCCUCAUUCCCGCUUCUGCUGCUGGGGUUUACCAGGCGCCACCAACACUGCGUCAGGUGGCCGGACCUGCUGGUCAGCCAUACUAUGGCGUGCAGAGGGUUGUCCAGGAGGUCUACCGGGAGCAACCAGUUUAUAAUCCGGUCCCGGCUACAGCUUCGGUACAGCAGCCCAAGAUUGGAACUUACCCUGCUGAGGGCAUAUCAGUGAUGCAGCCAAAGGCUGGUGUUACCGAGCCUACUUAUGUACAGGUAGGGUACGACGGUGCGGGGAGGCAGGUAUACUACACUACCCAAUAUCAAGGGGUGGCACCAGUGACUGCUGGCGGCGCGGCCGCCUUGAAUCCGGACGGUAAGGUUGUUGUCAAUGCCAAGACUACCCAAACUCCUGCAGUGUGAUUAAGCAUUAGACUAUUAAAUUCGUUUUUUUGAUUGAGUGGUAAUAUAAUACUAAAUAAGAGUGAAAGAUUCAUAUAAAUUUUGUUGAAUGUUGAUGUUUCUUAUGGAUUUAACAUUGUUUGAUGUAUAAAUGAUGACUGGUAGAGGGAAUUUGGUUGUAAAUUGGCUGGGUAAUUUCCUGAUUAGUUUAUUGCAACAGGCAAGUCUUCUUGAGGUUGUUGAAACAUUACACUCUGCUGAAAGUGGUAAAAGAAAAUGUUUUCAAUUCCAGAGGCUGUCUACUCCAACAUUGUCUGUUUUUGGGAAUUUCUAUUUGUUCUUGAUUGGAUUAAAUUAUCAGGUGUAGCAUGUUACUUUUGAGAUUGAUUUUUUGUAUUCAGUUCUUCUGAUAUUGCCUUGGGUUUAGCCAUAUAAUUUGACGAAUUGUCGGGUUAUAAGAAUGACAGCAGAGUUCUUUGCAAAUUUUUCAAGAAGGAUGUAGAAUGAAGUAAGAAGAUGAUC